GUGAUUUGUUGAGGAAAAAGAUGAGGCCGGUUUUCGCUGGGAACUUGGAGUACGAUACUCGUCAAUCUGAGCUCGAACGCUUGUUUUCAAAGUAUGGUAGGAUUGAACGCGUGGACAUGAAAUCUGGAACUUCAACUAAGGGAAAAUAUGAUGAGCUUUCUGUCUUGGCUUGCCAACCUCUCUGCAAAAUUUUUUUUGGAAGGAAACCUUCCUGCUUGUCUGCUCUCCUUCUACUAUCCACAGAUCAUCUGCAUUUUCUCAUGUGAUCAUUCGUCACUCACUAACCUCAUCACCCAUCACUCAUCACUCAUCACUCAUCAUUGACAUUUCAACCAGAAUGUUCUUAGUGGGAUCAUCAAUCAAUUUAUUAAGCCAUGCCUAGCUAGCUUCACUGAAUAUAGGGGAUCAAUGAAAUUCUGUCAAGUCAUGCCCUUCUAUUUCUGAAAUAUCUUGUGGUGUCUGAAUGGAGAAGCAUGCUUGGCAAUUACAAUCUCAGAUAUGAAUUUUGGAUUUAAACCUUUAAAUGCAAUCAUGAUUUGUUUCCUCAUUCAACGCCUCUACAGCUUCAUGUGCAUCAGCCCACACUUAUAUUCAGGUUUUGCUUUUGUCUAUUUUGAAGAUGAGCGUGAUGCUGAAGAAGCAAUUCGUGCACUUGACAAUGUUCCAUUUGGUUAUGAUAAGCGACGGUUAUCUGUGGAGUGGGCUAGGGGUGAACGUGGGCGCCAUCGUGAUGGCUCAAAGCCAAACCAGAGGCCCACAAAAACUCUAUUUGUGAUUAACUUUGAUCCCAUUCGCACUAGGGUUCGCGAUAUAGAAAGACACUUUGAACCUUAUGGAAAGCUUCAUCAUGUUAGAAUUCGUCGUAACUUUGCAUUUGUGCAGUUUGAAACACAAGAAGAUGCUACCAGAGCCUUAGAGGUUACAAAUAUGAGUAAGAUACUGGACAGGGUGGUGUCUGUGGAGUAUGCUCUUAGAGAUGACAGUGAGAGGGUUGACAAUUAUGGCAGUCCCAGAAGAGGAGGUAUUGAUAGAUCACCCAGUCCAGGUUAUCGCAGACGACCAAGUCCUGACUAUGGACGACCACGCAGCCCUGUGUAUGAUAGGUAUAGUGGACCGGACAGGCGGAGGAGUCCUGAUUAUGGCAGGCACCGGAGUCCUGAAUAUGGCAGAUAUCGCAGUGGUUCACCAGUGCGAAGGUCAAGAACUUAGGCGAUCUCUUCUGGUCUGGGGUAAUGAGCAGAGCUUGAGUGGCACUUUCUUACUGUCUUAAUAUUAGAAUAGUAAGUGGAACCUUAUGUACUAAAGAGUACCUUUCAGCCUCAUGUGGAUUGGUCUGGUUUGGUUUGUCUUUUCUAUGUAGUAGUCAUUGUGCUUUUAUAGGAACUGAAUUUAAAACUCUUUUGAUUUGGAAUUAUUGAUUCAUAUUUGAAAGGACAUCAUGUUAUGCUAGAUGGAAACUUAAUGUAAUCUUACUACUGGUAUUGAAUUUGCCUUUUCUAGUAAACUAGUAAUUUGUAAGCUAAGUUGGAUAGAAAAAUGUCAAUUUGCAGAAAGUGGAUGGUGUUCCAUGUGUCUCAAAAUGUGGCUCUCGGCUGGAAAUGGAAUAGUAUGCAUAUCAGAAGAUUCAGUACUGAA